AUGGACGACCUAGUCGAACUUGGGUUCGAAGGCAUCGACAAAGGCGUGGACAAAUACUACGACAGAGUCUACGAACAUAUGCCAGAAAGACCGCAUUUACAUGGCCACCAUCCGAACUGGAACAACGAUCAGAAGCAGUAUGGUUAUCCGAACAACUACAAGAACGACGAUUACCCCGAUGAGCCACCCCGUGGUCGAGUGGACCAAGCAAGAAACGGAGUCGCCGGCGCUGUGAGGGAUAGCGGACUUGGUUACGACAACCCGGGAGAUCUAUAUCCAGAUUCACGAUACCAUGGAGGCAGAGCGCGAAGUUCAAGCAACGGAUAUGACAGGAGAGGAGAAGGGCAUCGGAGGGGAUAUGAUGAUGAGAACGGUUAUCGGAGCGACCACUCACGGCAUAGCGACGAGAGAACGCGGUAUCCGGGGCGCGGAGGGGGUGGCGGCCACAAAGCGCGGCAACACUACGAUUAUCCGCAGCCACCACCGUACCGAGGACCAGCCACCUACGAUCCAAGAGACUAUACUACAAACGAUCGCUACGCAGCAAGCGCCGACUACGCGCGUUCGAGCGGCGUCGCGCCUCCGCCCAGAAUAACCUACCCGCAACCCGCCUACCCAAACCCACCUUACGAGCCUCCGACCUCCAGAAACGCCUAUCCCGCUCCCUACAACCACGUCUCCAAGUCCAGGUACGAUCUUCCCGACGAUCCAUCCGCACCGGAAGACUACUACGACCGCGACCUAGACGAAUACCGCAACUCCUCACCUCCCCGCUCGCCAAGCUCGGUCACAGAAUCCCGACGGUCCAAGAGGCCGCGCUCGCGCAGCAGAAACAGGAAGACGGCCUUGGCUUCCACUGUAGUUGGGGCUCUAGCCGGUGGACUCGUCGGAAGUGAGUUCGCGAGAGGCAGCAGGCUAGCUGCAGCGGCAGGGGCGGUCAUCGGUGGCCUUGGGGCGAAUGAGCUCGAGAGGAGGGGGUAUGAUAAGGGGAAGCCUAACGGGAGCAGACGAGAGGGAGGCUGGAAGGCGAGUUCAGGGUGGGAGGACGAUUCUAGGUAUGACGAUAGACGUGAUAGACGGAGGAAAAGCCUCUACUGA